UGCCAUUGCUGGGUGAAAACGUUACCAUUUAAAAAAAAAAGAGAAACUAAUAUAAUAAUAAUAUUUUUUAUCAACGGUUACUGUUUCUACAAUUUGUUUUUUCCAAUUUCUAAAGUUGAUACUAAACGGUUGAAUUCAUAAAUAUAAAAAUUUCAUGACUGUUUCCAUCUGUUUUUGUAAAAGUAAUAAAAUGAUGAUACUGUUUUCAACCAUUUAGGGCAUGUACAAUGGUUGUCAAUAGUGGUCUCUUAACGUCGCUAACUAGGAAUACUUGUUGAUAUGGAAGAAAGAGAAAAAGGAGAGACAAAAUAUCGUUGUCAUGCGUAACAACGGCUUAACAAUGACUCUUAAUCACUAUAAUAUUAAAAUAUGGUUGCACGAGGAUAAAAAAAUGGAAAGGAUAUUAACAAAAUGAAUAUUUUUCUAAGUUAAUGAUUAGAGCUUUUAUCGUCUCAACUGUCAUAAAGAAGUCUCUAAAUAAUCUUUUAUUUCUUAAGAGACUAUACUCAUCUCUACUGAACGUCUCCUUGGAGGUCUCGCGCGAUGUGCUCUCUCUUAAAAACUGAGUUCUUUUUAGGCCCAAAACUGGCCUUUCGAGGCCCAAACCGAACGAGCUGCAACUUCUUGGGCCAUGGUAGUAUUUUGGCCCAAAUUUAGAGACCAGAGCAAAACACUCGUCGUCGUCGCCGUCGCGUCCGCCGGAGCAUGCUUCGCCCUCGGCGGCGGCGGCGGCUUUCCGCGGCCGCGACAGCGAGUCGGCAGAUGCAGCAGGGCUAUCUGAGCCAACCACGGGUGGAAUGCGGUGAUUUUGAAUUUUGUCUACCUUGGCAUUGGAGCAGGAUUUGUUUCAACUCUUCGUAAGUGGCUUUCCAAUGCAACGAAAUUAGGACAUCUUAAUAUCCACUGUUGGACGGAAACCAUCUCUUUUUGGAUUACGAAUUUGAUGAAUAAUAGAGGUAUCAUGUUGGACAAUCACUGGAGAAAGGCAGGCUGCACGAAUCAGGGCAUUGUAUCUCAAGGCAAUACUUAGACAGGACAUUGCCUUUUUUGACAAGGAAAUGAGCACUGGACAAGUGGUUGAGAGGAUGUCAGGGGACACAUUCCUCAUUCAAGAUGCCAUUGGAGAAAAGAGUGGCAAGUGUAUACAACUCCUUUCUACCUUCUUUGGAGGCUUCAUUAUUGCAUUUGUGAGAGGAUGGCUCUUGGCACUUGUGCUGCUCUCAUGCAUUCCUCCAAUUGCGGUGGCCGGUGCUUUUGUGUCAAGGUUGAUGACAAGAAUCUCAACCCGCAUGCAAGAAAAGUAUGGUGAUGCUGGAAACAUUGCUGAACAGACUAUUGGGGCCAUUAGAACCGUUGCUUCAUUCAAUGGCGAGAAGCAAGCUAUAAACACAUAUAACAAAUUCAUAAGAAAAGCUUAUGAAUCUACUCUACAAGAAGGUGUUGUUAAUGGCCUUGGAUUAGGUACCGUAAUGGCAAUCUUGUUUUGCAGUUAUGGUUUGGCAGUUUGGUAUGGAUCGAAACUGAUAGUCAACCGUGGAUACAAUGGUGGCAUAGUUAUAAAUGUUCUAAUGUCUGUCAUGAUGGGUGCAAUGUCCUUAGGUCAGGCAACACCAUCAAUAACAGCUUUUGCAGAAGGUCAAGGAGCAGCAUAUAGAAUGUUUAAGACAAUCAAAAGACAGCCAGAUAUUGAUGUAUGUGAUACCAAAGGUAUCAUAUUGGAAGACAUCACGGGUGAUGUUGAACUGAAGGAUGUGUACUUCAGCUAUCCUACCAGGCCGGAAUAUUUGGUAUUCAAUGGAUUCUCCUUGCAAAUACCAAGUGGCAGAACAAUGGCCCUAGUUGGAGAGAGUGGCAGUGGAAAGUCAACUGUGAUCAGCUUGGUGGAGAGAUUUUAUGAUCCACAGUCUGGGGAAGUCUUGAUUGAUGGAAUUGACAUUAGAAGAAUGAAUCUGGGAUGGAUACGAGGAAAAAUCAGUCUUGUUAGCCAAGAACCAGUGUUGUUCUCAAGUACAAUCAGGGAAAACAUCGCCUAUGGGAAGGAGGAUCAAACUCUUGAAGAGAUCAAGAGAGCAGUAGAGCUUGCAAAUGCAGCAAAAUUUGUUGAUAAGUUGCCAAAUGGUCUUGAGACGAUGGUUGGGGAACGUGGAAUUCAAUUGUCCGGAGGGCAGAAGCAAAGAAUAGCAAUUGCUAGAGCAAUUAUAAAAAAUCCUAGGAUCUUGUUACUUGAUGAAGCAACUAGUGCAUUGGAUAUGGAAUCUGAGAGGGUAGUUCAAGAUGCUUUGAAUAGGGUAAUGCUUGAAAGGACUACAAUUAUUGUUGCACAUCGCCUAAGUACAGUGAAGAAUGCUGACGUGAUUUCUGUUCUACAGCAGGGAAAGAUGGUUGAACAAGGUUCUCAUGUAGAACUGAUGAAGAAACCUGAAGGUGCUUAUGCUCAGCUGAUCCAGCUCCAAGGGGCACAGCAGGAUGCUGAAAUCCAUAAUGACGACACUGACAUGAUAAUAAGAAGCGAUUCAGGCUCUAGGUCUAUAAAUGUAAAACCAAGAAGCCAAAGCACCUCAUUUAGGAGAUCAAUUACUAAAGGCUCCUCUUUUGGGCAUAGUGGCAGGCAUCCUAUCCCUGCUCCCCUUGACUUUCCAGAUCCCAUGGAAUUCAAGGAUGAUCUGGGCAUGGAGGAGACUACAGACAAAGUGCCUCGUGGCCAGAAGAAAGCUUCAAUCAGUCGACUGUUCUAUCUGAACAAACCAGAAGCUUUUGUUCUUGUACUUGGUUCUGUAACCGCGGCAAUGCAUGGACUCAUGUUUCCAAUAUUUGGCAUACUGAUCUCAAGUGCAAUAAAGAUGUUUUAUGAGCCACCAUCAGAACUCCUGAAGGACUCCAGGUUCUGGGCAAGCAUGUUUGUUGUGGUGGGAGCUUCUGCAUUUGUUCUGAUUCCAACCGAGUACUUCCUGUUUGGAUUAGCAGGUGGAAAGCUUGUGGAGCGUAUACGUUCACUGACAUUCCGAAGUGUCAUGCACCAGGAAAUCAACUGGUUUGACAAACCUGAACACUCUAGUGGAUCGAUUGGUGCAAGGCUGUCUGUUGAUGCUCUGAAUGUGAAGCGCCUUGUUGGAGACAAUUUGGCACUUAAUGUCCAGACUGUAUCAACUGUCAUAUCAGGUUUUACAAUAGCAAUGGUGGCAAACUGGAAGCUGGCAUUGAUUAUAACAGUGGUAGUUCCUUUGGUUGGUUUCCAAGCCUAUGCUCAAAUGAAGUUUUUGAAAGGUUUCAACAAAAACGCAAAGCUGAAGUAUGAAGAAGCAAGUCAAGUAGCAACUGAUGCAGUUGGAGGCAUCAGAACUGUGGCAUCAUUUUGUGCUGAGCAGAAAGUGAUAGAAGCAUAUGAGAAAAAAUGUGAAUCUCCAGUAAGGCAAGGAAUAAGGGAAGGUGUAGUUGGUGGCUUGGGUUUUGGCUUCUCCUUCCUUGUGUUCUACUUUACUUAUGCUCUCUGCUUCUAUGUUGGAGCAAAGUUUGUUCACCAAGGAGUGGCAACGUUUCCUGAAGUGUUUAGGGUCUUCUUUGUUUUAGUUUUGGCUACCAGUGGAAUCUCACGAACAAGUGCAAUAGGCGCAGACAGCACCAAGGCUAAUGAAUCAGCUGUUUCUAUCUUCGAAAUCCUUGACCGGAAAUCCAAGAUUGAUUCCAGCAGCGAGGAGGGUGUGGUCAUUGCAAGUGUGAGGGGUGACAUUGAGUUCCAUAAUGUGUGCUUCAAUUACCCCCUACGCCCAAAUAUUCAAAUAUUUAAAGAUCUCUCCUUGUGCAUUCCCUCUGGAAAGACUGUUGCACUGGUUGGAGAGAGCGGAAGCGGGAAGUCCACGGCGAUUGCGCUGCUUGAAAGGUUCUACGACCCGGAUACCGGCAAGAUCCUUCUUGAUGGGGUGGAUCUCAAGACAUUCAAGGUCAGCUGGCUUCGUAUUCAGAUCGGGCUCGUGGCACAAGAACCGGUAUUGUUCAAUGACACCAUCCACGCCAACAUAGCUUAUGGGAAGCAAGAACAGGCAUCUCAGGAGGAGAUCAUGGCCGCUGCCGAAGCAGCAAACGCGCACCAGUUCAUCUCGGCUCUGCCUGACGGGUACAGCACCGUCGUCGGCGAGAGAGGGAUCCAACUGUCAGGCGGGCAGAAGCAGCGCGUCGCCAUCGCGAGGGCCAUCAUGAAGGACCCCAAGGUGCUCCUGCUCGACGAGGCGACGAGCGCGCUGGACGCAGAGUCGGAGCGCGUGGUGCAGGAGGCGCUGGACCGGGUGAUGGUGGGGAGGACGACCGUGGUGGUGGCGCAUCGGCUGUCGACGAUAAAAGGCGCGGACAUCAUCGGCGUCCUCAAGAACGGGGCGAUAGUGGAAAAAGGGGGGCAUGAUGAACUGAUGCGGAUAAAGGAUGGAACCUAUGCUUCGCUUGUCGAGCUUAGUUCAAGUUCAAGGUAAAUCUUCUGAAAGCCUGAACAUUAUCACCUCUAAUAGUAUGAAAAUACUGACUUCUCCUGAAUAGAGUUUGUCCGCUGGUACUGAAAAUGGUCAUAUAUAUGUAAGUUUAUAGUAGGAAAAGCAAAGCUAUGCAUUCUAUAUUUAGUUGGAUGACAUGCACUGUUUUUCUCUAACUAAUUAAAUUUCGUUGUAUAUAUAUACCGGCAAUUCAGCAUAUGUGCAUCAGUGGAUGGUUUUGGAUGUUA